UGGGGGCGUUUCUUGCCGACUCCGCACAGAUGUUUGACUGAAUGUGGGAUUGGGGAGGAAAAUUAUGGAGUCUUGAUGCGUUGAGUUUGUGUGUGAAUACGAAAACAGCGCUGGAAUUUCCUCCUUUCGACCGGAAAACCCGCCACUGCUUCUCGGCUUCAAGCUCCUCAAGUUUGGUCGUUGCCGUCAUACGUCUGAGUAUCCAAGGGAUUUCUGUUUCGCUGCCGCUAUUUACCCUGGGAUAGCCUGCCUGGCUAAGGUUAGCCUCGGCUGCUAGCGGAGCUCUAUGGGAAUCUCCAGCCGGAGCGGCUCUUUAGCUCGCUAGCAGACUGAAUGCAUCCACGCGCCUCCCGCCGCAUCGGGGGCGUUCAGCCGCUACUGCUGCUGCAUUAUUCACGCGGUUUAUUGACACAUGGAAAUGAGGAAUAUUGGAUUACCAUGCACUGCUUACAUUUAUUUUGAGGGAUUUGCUGCACGGAAUGAGCUCUGUGAGAGAUGUCAAUCACCCCGUUGGAUUUAACAUGUUCGUGCCAUCAUGCUUGAUCUGCGAUCAUCCACACUAAUGUUUUGAUGGCAAGGGAUCUACGUGUUUUUUCCUUUCCUCUACCUGAUUUUAAACCCCUUAAACAUUAGUGAAUGCACAAAAGCCAAUUUUGGAUACUUUUGAGAACUUUUACAAGGAAAGGAUUUGUGAGGGGGUGGCGUCAGAACGCGAAAGUAUUCUAAACAAACUGUCAGCUCUAUAAAGAGGACAAAACCAUGGCUUCAGUGUGGAAGAGACUGCAGCGUGUUGGGAAACAUGCUUCCAAAUUCCAGUUUGUCGCCUCUUACCAGGAACUUGUGGUGGAAUGCACAAAGAAAUGGCAACCGGACAAGCUAGUUGUUGUCUGGACACGCAGGAGCCGAAGGAAAUCAUCCAAGUCUCAUAGCUGGCAGCCUGGCAUCAAGAAUCCCUAUAGAGGAGUGGUGGUGUGGCCUGUCCCAGAGAACAUAGAGAUCACUGUCACACUAUUUAAGGAUCCCCAUGCAGAGGAGUUUGAAGACAAAGAGUGGACCUUUGUCAUUGAAAAUGAAUCUCCGUCGGGUCGUCGGAAAGCGCUGGCCACCAGCUGCAUUAACAUGAAGCAGUACGCCAGUGCCAUGCCCACACAGACAGACGUCAAGCUCAAGUUUAAGCCGCUGUCCAAGAAAGUGGUUUCAGCAACACUGCAGUUCUCCCUGUCCUGCAUCUUUCUGCGAGAGGGCAAAGCCACUGAUGAAGAUAUGCAGAGUCUGGCCAGUCUGAUGAGCAUGAAGCAGGCUGAUAUUGGUAAUCUGGAUGAUUUUGAGGAAGAGAAUGAGGAAGACGAGGAGAACAGAGUGAACCAGGAGGAGAAGGCGGCCAAGAUCACAGAGAUUGUGAGGCAGCUGAAUGCUCUCAGCUCUAUAGAUGGAGAUCCAGAUGACUGCCUAAAGCAAGCAAAUAAACCUGCCUCCUCUUCUGAAGAGCUGAUCAGUAAGUUGAACUUCCUGGAUCAGGAGGACCAAGACCAGAGCAACAUGAGCUCUAACCCCUUCGAUGAACCUAAUGACCCGGUUGACCUUAACCCCUUUGGUGACCUGGAUGAGGACGAACAAUCUCCUAAGCCCCAUGUGCGGUCCACUAUCAAAGAUCAGGAGCCUGUAUAUGAUCAGAACACCGCUUAUCCCUCAAACCCAUUUGAUGAGGCUGACACAGAAAUGGAUUCCUCUCAACUUGGCAACCCAUUUGAUGAACCUGAACCCCAGCCUAAAGUUUCUCCAACCAGAAGCAGCAAGAGGAAGAAUGUCCAGCCGGUGGACAUGAGCAAAUACCUGUACGCGAACACAACCAAGACAGAGGAGGAGGAGCUAGAUGAAUCAAACCCAUUCUUUGAGCCCGGAUCCUCUGGUGCAGUCACAUCCGAGAUAGACAGCAGCAUCUCAGAGAAGAGCACCAAACAACGGGCCCCUCUGCCUCCCAGUGCUGGACCCAACCCUGUUGUGGUCCCUCGAGGCCCUGUACCAAAGACCUCAGCUCCUGAAGGAACCCCCACUCUACCGGCCCCGGCACCCUCUGCUGUCUCAGCUGUCAUAGGUAGAGAGUUGACCUCGUCCUCACCCAAGCCCAGUCCAAUUCCUAGUCCUGUUCUUGGUGGGAGGCCGAAUGCAAGUCAGUCCCUGUUGGCCUGGUGCCGUGAGGUCACGAAAAACUACAGAGGCGUCAAAAUCACCAACUUCACCACUUCCUGGAGGAACGGACUGGCAUUCUGUGCCCUGUUACACCACUUCAGACCCGCCUUAAUUGACUACAAGGCUCUCAAUCCUCAAGAUAUUAAAGAAAACAACAAAAAGGCAUAUGAUGGCUUUGCCAGUCUGGGAAUCUCUCGGCUUCUGGAGCCGUCUGACAUGGUUCUACUGGCGAUCCCAGAUAAGCUGACGGUGAUGACGUACCUGUAUCAGAUCCGUGCGCAUUUCAGUGGAGAGGAACUCAAUGUUGUGCAGAUCGAAGCCAACAGCAGUCGGAGCACAUACAAAGUUGGAGACUUUGAAACAGAUACAAACAGUUCUAUUGACCAAGACAAAUUCUACGCAGAACUUAACGAUAUUCACAGAGAGCCCACCAGUCAGGGUGCCGCAGCAACCAAUGGUGGGCAUGGUGUUCAAGAAGAGCAGGAAGUGAAGUCAGUCAUGACAGUUGAGAUAUGUGGUUCUCUAUCCGCCUCCCCAGGGGAAGUUUUAAAAGAUGUAGCUCAAUCUUUACGGGCGACUACAGCAGACCGUGACUCUCCAGCAGCUACAACGCUCACUGAACCUCACCCACGACCCGCCCAAAGCACCAGAACCAGCCUGGAGACCUCCACCAGCCAACUUCCCGCUGCAGAACAGAAAAAACUCCUCAAAGCCGAUACACUGGACAUGGGUGAUCUGUCUCACAGGCUGGAGAGAGAAAAGGAGAGAGGCCAGUUGGGUGGGUUGACUGCUGCUGACACCAGAGACUCCAGGGAGCAGCACAAGACCCCACGCCCUGGUGAAAGACAAACUCAAUCUGGGUCGCCCACGUGGCAGACCGAGUCUUCUCUAACGAGUGCACACAAACUGGGCUUCACGUAUAACAGAGACACUGAUCUUAUCAAGAAGAAGAGAGCGAGUUUGCGCCACUCUGAAUCUGACAGCACCUCAGACAGCAGUGCCCAGACAAACCACACACACACACCUGCUAAACUCACACAGGAAGUUGUACCCGCCCCAGUGUCUAACACCAGUGACGAGAAGAAGGUCCUGUCUCGUCAAGAGGAGCUGAAGGAGAGGGCCAGGCUUCUAUUGGAACAGGCCCGUAGAGAUGCUGCCAUGAAGGCUGGAAACAAAAGCACCACUAAUGCACAGUCACCAACACACACUCCACAGAUAAUUGAUUGUUUUCAUCCAUUUAGUUUGACUCAGCAUUUAUUCCAGGAGCGUGAUGAAGAACGGCGCAGGCAGCUGCGAGAGAGAGCCAGGCAGCUGAUAGCGGAGGCUCGAUCUGGAGUAAAGAUGGCUGAACUGCCUCUCUAUACUGACUCCACCUCUAUAGCCUGUAGUGCAGCUGGGAACAACUUAAAAGGAAGGUCAAAGACAGCUGGAGACGUGGUGGAUGGAAUGAGUGUGGAGGGCGAGGAUGAGGAGAUCAGGAGUGAUAUUGAGGCAGCGGCGUCUCAUGCUGAUGAUGUCACUCAUACUAACCCUGAGGAGAAACUGUCGUCUUCAUGUCUAAUGGAGGAUGAUUUUACUAACUCUGCUAGUGACCUGGCCGCUCUGGGUGUGAUGAACAGCAGGCAUGUGGACCUGAAGCUCAAGAAGCUCACAGAGAUCCGGCCACAGGGUGGCAGCUCUCCUUCAUCUUCAUCAUCUUCCUCAUCUCUGACGGCAUCCACCACUUCACCCCUCAGCCCUGAAUCAGGCGGAAUGCAGAAUAAUGUUGAUGAACUGCAUGCAGAGCGUCUUCGCAGGGCAACGGAACGUCUGCGCAGUCCCGUUGUCUUCCACAAGGAGUCUGCAGUUAGGAAAACACAGCUCAAAUCAUUCAGCCAAUACGUAGAGACCAGGCCAGAGGUUAAAAGGCAGAGAUCAGUGCCGGAAGAUCUAAAGCGGGCAGCCGAGGAGAGAGGAGCUUUGACAGAGACAGACGGACGAAAGCCAACUGAAGAUGAAAAAGCGUUCAAAGACACCAGUCAGUACGUGGUGGGAGAACUGGCGGCGCUGGAGAGCGAGCAGAGGCAGAUCGACACGCGGGCCUCGCGUGUGGAGAAGCGUCUGCGCUAUCUCAUGGACACAGGCAAUAAUAAAGAAGAGGAAGAGUCCAUGAUGCAGGAAUGGUUUACGUUGGUCAACAAGAAGAAUGCUCUGAUUCGCCGACAGAACCAGCUCUCUCUGCUGGAGAAGGAACACGAUCUGGAGAGACGCUUUGAGCUGCUGAACCGAGAAUUAAGGGCAAUGCUGGCGAUUGAAGACUGGCAGAAGACAGAGGCGCAGAAGCGCCGAGAGCAGCUGUUGCUGGAUGAGCUGGUCAUACUGGUCAACAAACGUGAUGCACUGGUCCGAGACCUAGACGCCCAGGAGAAAGAGGCUGAGGAGGAAGACGAGCACCUGGAGAGAACCCUGGAACAAAACAAAGGCAAGAUGGCAAAGAAAGAGGAGAAGUGCGUUCUUCAGUGACGGUCAUUUCCCAAGCUAAAGAAAAGGAGCAAGCUGACAUAUACACUACAAAAUCUGGAAAUGUAUUUGUGUCUUAGAGACCACAGCAUACACCUUAUUAUUGUUGUUUUAAAUCUUCACAUGUAGAUCUUUUUGCUAUCACUAAGGGCUUAAGAACUAUGCCCAGAGAUGUAUCCUGUUUUAUUAAUACCUGAGAUUUGUUAUUUCACAUACACAAAUACAAAACCUGUAUUAUUAUUAUUAUUAUUAUUAUUAUAAGGUUUGUUUUGUUGGAUUUCACAAACAAGGUACUUAAUGAACUAAUAUUUGAGGAGAUGCAAAGCUGUACAAUUUCCAAAACUUCUGACUAAAUGGUUAAAUCCAUUAUAAUACAGAUUAAUCUGAACACUGAGGCAUUCAAAGCCUUCCCAGUGUGUUUCUCUUUCUUACAGGAAAUUAUUACUCAAAGUUUCGGUACACCAUUUAACCUGGGACAUGUUUUGUUUGUGAAUAGGAUUGGGUUUCAAAAUCAUAUCACAUUUCAGUUUUAAGAAAAUCUGUCAACAUGUUCUUCUCUAACAAGAGCUGAAAUGUUUUAAUUACUCAACUUUCUAAGUGUAGAAUAUUUGAGAUGGGGGACUUGUUGCGUUUAAAAAUAUAUUUAGUGUUUUUUUUUUUUUUGUUUGGUUUUUUUAUGUUUAAUAUGUUUACUAAAAAUGUUAAAGCUUGCUUUAGUGAGAGAAAAUUAAAAUACUGCGAGUGCAUAUAAAAAAAUAAAAUAAAUGGUCAUGUUGUACAUUUCAUUUUGCUGCUGGAGGCUUAAAAAAUCUUGGAAAAAAAAACUACUUUAUUUUCAGAAGCAGUAACGAUCAGUGUAAUUUAUUACUGUUUGCUUUUAUUACUGUUUGAGACGUUUUUAAAGUAACCAUCUUCACAUUCCUGCACAUUUGCUCAAGGACUUUUAAUAUUUAUUGUAUAGUUAGAAGGGAGGCUUUUCUUGUCCGCAUAUUUCAGUUCCACGUCUUUAUUGUAUGAGCAUCACCGGUUUAUUUAUUCCAUUGUACUAUAAAUAUCACUGCUCAAUAAAAUCCAAAUGAUUUCAUACUCGAAUCAAA